AUGCCAUCAGCCUAUAGAAACUCAUUUACAACAGAGGAUGUAGAGAAUUUCGGAUCAAGGCCGUCCUUGAAACUUAGCCUCCAUAACUUGCAGUCUAAGCCCAUCAUCAAAGCCAAACCUAAGUACAGAAAUGCCGCCAUAUUGCUUAAUAAUAAUAAUAAUAAUAAUAAUAACAAUUGUAAUAAUAAUAAUAAUAAUAAUAAUAAUAAUAAAAAUGGCAUUAGUUAUAAUAACAGUGUUAAAAGUAUUGGGAAUAAAAUUCCAGGGAAUAAUUAUAUUAAUCCUAGUAAUCAUAAAAAAAAUAAUGAUAACAAUAAUAAUAAUAAUAAGACUGUUGAUGAUGGUAAUAGUGAUGAUGGCGAUGUUAGUAGCGGUGGUGAAUCGUCACUGAACGCUGCUGCCAAGACGUCAUCAGCAGCUGCAACUUCAUCGCCUUCAUCAUUUUUACAGUCGAGACAGAUUCGCGAGAAACUCUUCUCUAGAGGUGAUGACGAGUUUGAUAAGAAAGGCGGUGAAGUUACUGCUGCUACUUCCACUACUACAGCCGUCGCUGAAAACGGGAUUACCGCUCGUGAUGGCGAUAAUGAUGACGAUGCUGAAAAUAAUAAUAAUAAUUUUUGUAAUAAUAAUAAUAACAGUAAUAAUAAUAACUAUAAUAAUGAUAACGAUGAUGAUAGUUUCUCUGAUUUCGAUGAUGUAUCUGACUUUGAUGAGUAUGACGAUGAUGAACAAACGGGGCCCAGCCCUUCGAGUCCCUUGGAUUCCAACCAUCACCCUCUAAUAGCAGACGAGUAUAAGAAAUCUUUCAACGUAGCACGUGAGCUUGUACAGACUGAAGUCUUCUAUGUCCAGAAACUUCAUCUCAUUGAUCAAAUGGAAAUCAUAAAGAGCAACAGACAGCAUCGCUUCAUGCCUGCUGAACUGAUACCUCACAUAUUCUCGAACGUCAAAAGCAUCUACGAGUUCCACAACGACUGCCUCCUUCCAGAGCUAACCAAGUCACUGGAUCUAUGGAAGAGUGGAGUGUUGGUAUUUCAGUUUUUUACGUUUUGGAUUUUCAGUACCUUAGAGCCAACAAUGGGUGCCAAGAUAAGGAAGGUAGCGCCCUACCUCAAGAUGUACACUGUUUACGUUACCAACUUCACGAACGCCACGAAUCUCAUUACUGCAUUGUGCGCUAAGUCUGAGAAGUUCAACUCUGUAUUACAGAGUCUUUCGGAUAAAUUCAAAAAAAUUCUUGACGUUUGUGAGUCCAUAGUUGGCGGGAAUCAUGAGAAUUUGGUCACGACAACCCGGGAGUUUGUAAAGGAAGGUAGGAUUACCAAGCUAUCAGCUAGAGAUGGUUCUAUGCUUGACAGAUAUAUAUUCCUGGCCAUCCAUGGUGCCAUCAAUCAGUUGAUCAGGAAGGAAAGAACACGAGAUGAAUUGUUUAUCGAGAAGACUUACUCAACGUCGGAGGAGUUGGGCAAACGCGCCCCAAAGUGGGUGAAGGACCAGGACACCUCCAUGUGCAUGAUCUGCUGUGUCAAGUUCCAUACAUUCAGGAGGAGACAUCAUUGUAGGGCUUGCGGCAAGGUGGUGUGCAGCGUGUGCUCCGCCUACAAACUCCGCAUAGACUACGACAAAAACCACUACAACCGGGUCUGCUACAUCUGCUACCAAGCCCUCCUCAACAACAGCAACGGUGAUGGGGUUAGCGGGUCGUCCUCGGUCCACUUCUCAUCGGGCACUAUCAGGUUGCCCCACAGACAUAAGGGCCCUUCCGCUCUCGAGUUGAAGACGUCAGAGGGACAGCCGAGACUUAGUGGUCCAGUCUAUUUCAGUUGGGACAGGAAGGGCUGGAGCAAACGCUGGGCCACACUGCAUUAUAACUGCGCCCUCUAUGUCUAUAAAGCUAAAAAGGACAACCAAGCCGAAUUCUCCCUGCCCCUUCCGGGUUACACCAUUGAACCCCUGACCUCCGAUGACCUUUUAAGGUCGAACUGCUUCAGGGUCUUUCACGGCCAACUUCCCAAGGUCUAUUUCUUCUCAAUUGACGACAAGACCGUCUUCGAUAAAUGGGUGAGUGACCUUGACCUAGCGACGAAGGUUCAACUGCCCCCGCCUCCUCCUCUCCCACAACAGCAGCAGACUUCCAUCACCACAUCAUCAUCAUCACCGACAGUUCUCGAACAACCGCUAUCAUCAUCAUCAUCGACGUUGUCGUUAUCAUUAUCAUCAUCGCCUUAUGUUUUGCCGUCAUCAUCAUCGCCCUCUUGUCACUCGCCUUCUAAUAAUAAUCUCACCGAUAAGCUGUACGAUAUUCCCGAGCAGGAAUGAAUGAAUGAAUGAAUGAAUGAAUGAAUGAAUGAAUGAAUGAAUGAAUGAAUGAAUGAAUGAAUGAAUGAAUGGAUGGAUGGAUGGAUGGAUGGAUGGAUGGAUGGAUGGAUGAAUGAAUGUGUAUAAUGAUAUAUUGAAUGUAAUAAGGCGGUUUUGUUGUUGUUGUUGUUUUCUUGUUUUUAUUUUUGUCAAAAAAUUUAUUCUUCUCCAUGUCCAAGACAUUUCAGCUAGUACCGCCAUCUUUUUAUUAUUUACUAUUCGAUUUUAUUAUUUUCCGAAGUAAUUAUAAUUAUUUAUAUUAUUCUCCUUCCUGAAUUAUGGUAUUCCAGUUAUUUAGCUAGUUUUAUGUAACUGAGAUUUUAUGUUUUAUAUAAACACACACACACAUACAUACGCGCUCACACACACAUAAACACACACAUACACGGAGGUUUUAUUUGUUCAUUCAUUCGUAACGUCUUUCAUUCGUCAACUUGCUCAUUCAUUCAUUCUUUCAAUUUGUUUAUUUGUUCAUUCAUUCAUUCAUUCAUUCAUCCAUUCAAUUUCGAAACCUUACUAGUACGAUGACUCCAAACGUCAAUAAAUGCUAUGCAUUGGCUGUGUCUGCUUUUAAAAUUUCUUUCAAAUGUGCAUCUACAAUUUUUCAUAAAGAAUAAUUAUAAUAAUUAAUAUUCAUAAUAAUAAUUAUUAUUAUUUAUAUUAUUAUUUUAAUUUAGUACUUCAUUGACAUUUUUAUUCAUUUUAUAUUUAAAAAUUGUACGAAUAAAAUUAAUUAUCAAUAUUU